GCUGUCUGCAGGAAAGCAGCUCUGUAGUUUCUGUUUCAUCCACACAAAAGGGCUCGGCUCUUUGCUUUCACUACAGCAGACAGCAGAUGAGUGUUCCUGCAGCAGCGGCUCAGAACUCAGACGACAGAGAGAUGCAAUCGGCUGCAGUGUCUCCCUCCUUCCUCCCCAGCCAGGGGGGCAAGAUCCCGGGCAGAAAGAGAGGCCGACCCCCCCUCCGGAACAACGCCAAGAUGGACUUCACAACAAGCCGCUACCCCGAGUCGCUGCCUCCACUCAAAGUGCCCAAAAAGAGGGGCAGAAAACCGGGAUUCAAGCUGAAACCCCGGAUGGUGAUGACCCCGCUGGCCAUCUCCCCCCCCAGCAGCACCCCCGAGCCCGACAUGAGCUCCAUCCCCCAGGACGCUGCCACCGUGCCGCACUCUGCCACCCCCCAGGUGCUCACAGUCUGCAUCUACAUCAACAAGCAGGCCAACACGGGUCCUAACUUGGACCGGAAGAAGAUCCUCCAGCUGCCGGACCACUUCGGGCCGGACCGACCCUCCGUGGUGCUCCAGCAGGCCGUGCAGGGCUGCAUCGACAGCGCCUUCCUGCAGAAAACCGUCUUCACGCUGCUCACCCAGGGCUACGGGGGAGAAAAGAUAUCAGCCACGUUUGACGGGAAGCAGCACCUGCUCAGCCUCCCGGUGGUGAACAGCAUCGACUACGUGCUGCGCUUCCUGAAGAAGCUCUGCCGCUCUCUGCACUGCGAAAACCUGUUCAGCGAUCAGCCAAUCAGCACGGGCGCCUACGCCUCCGACGCUGAAACGGCCGAUGAUUACCAUCUAGAUCAGUCCGAUGGUAAACGGUACUCCAUGGAUCUCGGAGAUUUCGGCUCCAUCAGCUCUUCGUAUUCUCCAAAGUCUUCGUACGGGUUUCGAUCGUCGCAGCAGUUCUCCGGCGGCUCGAUGAGCGUCUGCCGGCCAGCGUCCAGCAGCCCGAACUCUUUCAUAGAGAGCAACCGCACAGGAGGUUAUAAUGCAUCUUCAGAACCACAGGAGUCCAAAGCCCCGCAGAAUAAAGACCCCUCCUCCUGGUCUGUGGACGAUGUGGUCUGGUUCAUCAGAGACGCAGACCCUCAGGCCCUCGGACCGCACGCUGACGUCUUCAGGAAACACGAGAUCGAUGGAAACGCCUUGUUGCUCCUGAAGAGCGAUAUGAUCAUGAAGUAUCUGGGUCUGAAGCUCGGCCCGGCGCUGAAGCUCUGUUUCCACAUCGACAAACUAAAGAACAACAAGUUCUGAAAACACACUUAUCCUCGUCUGUAAAUCCACAUCUGAGAGGAGAAGAGGAUCAACGCAGAGUUGUACAUUUCACUUUAGGACAGAUUUUUGAAUUAAAAAAAACAUCAGAUGGUGGAAAAAUAAAUCCUGCACACGUUAAUGUAAUCAGUCAGGCUGGCGUCACACUGUCCCCACAUCGACACCAGAUGGACACGCAUAUGGAAUUGUGAAUUUCGCACGAAGAUGGCCCCGAACUUGGUCAAC